AUGAGCAUCUCUCCCCACCACUCCCCCGCACCAUACAGCGACGGCAGCCAGGACGGAGAAGAUGCAGACGUCGUACGGCCCUUACAGCCAGCCAGGCCCAUCCAGCGUCUAGACGAGGCCGUGGUCAAUCGCAUCGCAGCAGGCGAGAUCAUACACCGACCAGCAAAUGCCCUCAAAGAGCUCAUCGAGAAUAGUCUGGACGCAGGCGCAGACCUCAUCAAAAUCACCCUCAAGGAAGGUGGUCUCAAGUUGCUGCAGAUUCAGGACAAUGGCUGUGGAGUACGGCCAUCUGAUCUGCCGCUGCUAUGCGAACGCUUCGCAACAUCCAAGCUACGUGACUUCUCAGACCUGUCAAAGAUGACAACCUUUGGCUUUCGCGGCGAGGCACUAGCCAGCAUCAGCUUCGUAUCGGCAUCCAUGAGCAUACUCACAAAGACGAGGAACGAGGCUCUGGCCUACAAAGCCUUCUACUCUGCGGGCGAAAUGGUACCAGCCAAACCUGGGCAGUCCAGCGAUCCAAAGGCCUGCGCGGGAACCGAUGGUACCACCAUAGCCGCACAAGAUCUCUUCUUCAACGUACCGCAGCGCAGGAGAGCUCUCAAAAGCGCUGCUGAGGAGUACAAUAGAGCUCUCGACGUUGCCGCCAAGUAUGCACUGCACUAUGGAGCCAGAGGAGUGGGAUUCGUGUGCAAGAAGUCUGGUUCCAAUGCUGCUGAUCUUAGUACGCCGGCCAGUCCCAACACCAAGACUCUUGACACGAUACGCUUGCUUCAUGGCAAUGCGGUAGCAAGGGAGCUUGUGCAUCUGAAAAUCUCACAGACUGUCUCCUUGAGCUUCUCUGUCGAAGGGUGGAUCAGCGGAGCCAAUUGGAGUACAAAGCGUACAACAUUCCUCUGCUUCAUCAACGACAGGCUUGUCGAUUGCCCGGCGCUUAAGCGCUCCUUCGAAUCAUUGUACUCAGCACUGCUUCCCAAAGGUGGACAUCCAUGGAUCUAUGUUAGCCUCAAGAUUGACCCAGACAAGGUCGACGUCAAUGUUCACCCUACGAAGCGGGAAGUGCAUUUCCUCGAUGAGGAAGACAUCAUUGAACGGAUAUGUAGCGAAGCGCAGACGGUCUUGGCAGGAGCAAAUACCAGCCGAACUUUCCAAUUCACGCAAGCCAUCCUGCCCGGAGCGAUGAUUCAGAAGGCUCGCACCCCUGCUACCGGCAACGAUGGCAGCGAGGAUGCGACAGUAGACAGUCAAAGCACUCAGGCAGCUUCGGCGACGCAAUACCCCCAGCACCUUGUGCGCGUCGACAACAGAGCCAGAACCUUGGAUGGCAUGUUCACCCAGGCAAGCCAGAAGCCCCCUCACGAGCCUGAGUUGCUCGAUUCUUCAAUGAUGAGACCCGACCAGGACCUACCAGUUGCCCCUCCUGCUCGGCCUCCAGCCCCUCCUGCCCGUCGUAGCCGCAUGCAAAUACCGCUGAGCGAUUGCUCACUGACGAGUAUCGUAGAACUACGGGCCAGUGUAGCGCAACAGCGGCACAGUGGUCUGAGCGAUAUACUGCAGAACCACACCUUUGUGGGGGUGAUCGAUGUCGUCCGCGGUCUCUCUCUCCUACAGCAUGGCACCAAGCUCUAUCUUGCGGAUCACGACGCUCUGAUCGAGGAGUGUGCCUACCAGCUCUGCCUUCGACAAUUCGGCGCGAUGCCCAAAAGGAAGAUGAUAUGCUCCAAACCAUAUCUGAGAGAACUGAUCGAGCUUGGCAUCCACAUUGAGGCGACUGAUGAUGUCGGCCUAGAAGUGGUGACAGGUCUCAGCAGAGCUGAGCUUGUAGAGCAAGCGACCUGUCGUCUUUUGGACAACUCAGCGAUGCUGUCUGAAUACUUCUCUCUUGAUCUGGAUCGAGAUAAUGGCGAAGUAACGGCGCUGCCGUCGCUUCUGGCAGAUCAAGACGUUCUGCCGGUUGAGAACCUCCCCACCUUCUUCUUGCGUUUGGCGACCCAAGUAGAUUGGACAGAGGAGAAGAAAUGUUUCGAGUCCUUCGCUCGAGAGCUAGCAUACGCUCACGUAUUCUCUCAAAAUUUGACAGUGGAAGAGAACGAUCGGGCUGCCGAUGGACGCAUGGAAGCCCAAGGAGUGGGGGCGGGAUCUGCAGGGAGCGAGGCACGUUCAAGGUGGAAGAUACAGCAUGUCUGGUUCCCGCACAUGGCGUCCAGAGCGGGUGGCUUUAUACCAUCGAGGGCACUGGUCAAGGAAGACAAGUUGAUACAGGUGGCGAGUUUGAAUGAUCUCUACAGGAUCUUCGAAAGGUGCUGA